AAGAAGCGAGUGGUCUGUAUAGCGUGAAUGCUCCUCUCCAAGCCGACGCCGGACGGGUAUAAAGAAAAAACGAGCCGCUCUACCACUAAUUAGGAAAACGCAUAAACAUUAAGAAAAAACUAUUAAUUAUUUAAGUAUAAACGCAUUCACGUGUACUAAACGCCUCAGCGCUGCCGAAACGUGUACAACAAAACGACGAAGCAAAGAGAACAAAAUGUCCGACGUUUCCACUGAUGACUUGCGCCGCGAGAUACAGGCGGUCCUCAAGGAUGCCGAUUUGGCCACUAUCUCGGCAAAGCGUGUGCGCGAGCAGGUGGAGAGCAAACUAAAUUGUUCACUGUUAAGCCGCAAGAAGCAAUUUGAUGCCAUCGUAAUGGAAGUAAUCAACGAACAGCAACAAGAUGAUGAUGAGGACGACGAUAAAGAUCCUGAUGCCGAAGAGGAUAGCGAGCCCAGCGAAGAAGAAGAUGAUGUCUCCAGUGAGGAGGAGCAAAAGAAGAAGAAGCCGGCACAAAAGAAACGCCCACAGCCGACCAAGCACAAGGUGGCUGCAAAAAAGAAGCGCAAGUCCAUCAACGCCGAUGACUCUGGCACUGAAAGUGAUGCUGGCUCCGAUUCCGACUAUGAAGUGCCAAAGAAAACUUCACCCAAGAAGAAGGCCAAGUCUGGAAGCGGCGGAGGCAGCGGCACCGGCCGCAAAGGCACUGGAUUUACACGCGCCUACAACCUGUCUCCCGAACUGUCUGCCCUAAUGGGCGCUGACUCCUUGCCUCGCCACGAAGUUGUAAAGAAGGUCUGGGCCAUCAUCAAGGAGCGGGACUUGUACGAUCCUAAAAACAAGCAGUUUGCCAUAUGCGACGAUGAGCUGAUGAAGGUAAUGCGUGUGAAACGCUUCCGCACAUUCGGCAUGUUGAAGCACUUGAAGCCGCAUUUCCUCGACUAAACGGCCAUUCAGGCGCACUAGCCAGUAGCACUCCAGAUGCAGACGGUCAGCGUACGCAGAAACAGAAGCGCACGCCCUCACAAACACAUAUAUAUACUAUAUACAUCGUUUAAUAUUAGUUAGUCUUUCAUUGUAAUUUUCGGCUUUUAAUUAUUUGUUUUCAAUUAUAACAUUUAGUUGCACGAUGUAGACUUGGGGGUUGCCAGCUGAGCCCCAUCCAAUGUGUUAGCAUUAACCUAAUUAAGACGAAUCUACAAAAAUUUAUGUAGUCUACGGCAUUUUUAAGUAACAUACAAAAAUUAUAUUUUUUGUAAUCAAAUCGUGUAACUUAUGAUAAAUAUCAAAGAAAACAUACGGCAUGAUAUCAAAUAAAUGGACAAGCGAUGCAUCUGAAUCUAAAA